CGGACCUGCGACACAGGUUCCAUUUUUGUCCUUUUAAUGCGUUCACACGUAUUAGCGGCGCGAAAUUGUCUACUUUAAUGCAUUCGAAUGCCUUAUUGUGUCGCAUGAAUCUAACUUAUGAGAACUUAAUAGAUUAGAAGGACCUGCCGAGGUCCAAAAUUUCUUCCUGGGUAUUCCUUCACACUUCAAAGUUUUAUUUCGUUUUAGUCUCUUCAGUAUCACCUGACAUUCAUCCAAAUGCUCGAUGGCAACAGAAUGGUCUCACUGUGGCCGGAGGAAAUGCACAAGGCAAUGGAAUCAAUCAACUCUACUACCCAUUGGGUUUCUAUGUUGAUGAUGAUGAUCAAACAAUCUAUAUCGCUGAUGCAUCGAAUCAUCGUAUUGUGGAAUGGAAAUGGGGUGCGACGAGUGGCCAAGUGGUUGCCGGUGGAAAUGGACAAGGAAAUGGGACUC